UAUGAGCACUAAUGUUGAGGCAGGUUUUGGUAAGUUUGUUAAAAAAGCUUCUAAAGGCGCCAAAGGAGUAGCCAAGGGAUACAUUAUGGUAGAAGGGAUAGGUUCUAUAGUUAAUCGUAUUUUGGGCGAUGAUUGA